UCCACUCCCAGCUCCCCUCUCUCUUCUGACUACCUGCAGUACACCAAACACCAUUUCCCACAAGCUCAACUGCCCAAGUAGUACUAACCGGCUCGGCCAAGCAGAAGCGGUCGAGAUAUGGCCGUGUCACCACGCUCCGUCGCCGUGGGCGUCACCGACGCCGGCGCCGGCGGCGAAGACGACGCGGACCGAGCCCGGUUGCACCAGAUGGGCUACAAGCAGGAGCUCAAGCGCGGGCUGAGCGUGGUCUCCAACUUCGCCUUCUCCUUCUCCAUCAUCUCCGUGCUCACCGGCGUGACCUCCACGUACAACACUGGGCUGCGCUACGGCGGGCCGGCGUCCAUGACGCUGGGGUGGCUGGUGGUGGCCGCCUUCAACGGCUGCGUUGCACUGUCCAUGGCGGAGAUCUGCUCGGCGUACCCGACCUCCGGCGGGCUCUACUACUGGAGCGCCAAGCUCGCCGGCAGGAAGUGGGCGUCCCUCGCCUCCUGGGUCACCGGCUGGUUCAACAUUGUGGGACAGUGGGCGACGGCCACCAGCGUGGACUUCUCCUUGGCGCAGCUCAUCCAGGUGAUCAUCUUGCUGGCCACCGGCGGCACCAACGGCGGCGGCUACGUUGCGUCCAAGUACGUCGUGUUGGGCAUCUACGGCUUCAUCCUCGUCCUGCAUGGCCUCAUCAACAGCCUCCCCAUCCACUGGCUCUCCUGGUUUGGGCAACUCGGCGCUUUCUGGAACGCUGCAGGUGUGUUUGUGCUGGUGAUCUUGAUUCCGUCUGUUGCCAAGGAGCGAUCGAGUGCCGAGUUCAUCUUUACGCACCUCAACACGGACAAUGGCAUGGGCAUCCAUAACAAGGCAUACAUUCUAGGCGUGGGGCUGCUGAUGAGCAACUACUGCAUGAUCGGCUACGAUACCUCUGCUCAUAUGACAGAAGAAACGAAGAAUGCGGACAGGAGCGGUCCGAUCGGGAUUGUCACUUCGGUCGCUCUCUCAAACAUCUUUGGAUGGAUUUACCUGGUGACCCUGACUUCAGUGGUGACUGACAUCCCGUACCUACUAAGCGCCGAUAAUGACGCCGGCGGCUAUGCCAUUGCUCAGGCUCUCUACACCGUAUUCAACCGGAGAUACGGCAGUGGUGUUGGUGGGCUCAUGUGCCUCGGCGUCAUUGCUGUCGCCAUGUUCCUCUGCGGUGUUGCCUGCAUCACCAGCAACUCAAGGAUGGGGUAUGCCUUCUCCAGGGAUGGAGCUAUGCCGUACUCGCACCUCUGGCACCGGGUGAGCAAGCACGAGGUGCCUUUGAACGUUGUCUGGCUCUCCGUGCUCGUGGCCUUCGCCAUGGCUCUCACGGUACGUACGCAUGUUUCAAAGACUCGGUGUCGUACCCCGAGUUCUCGACUGACACCUCAUUUCCUUGCUUCAUGUUAUUUGGCGUGCGAAGUCGCUGGGGAGCCAGGUGGCAUUCCAGGCGAUGGUGUCCAUUGCGACGCUAGGGUUGUACAUCUCCUACGCGCUGCCCAUCUUCUUCCGGGUGACGACGGCCCGAAAGUCAUUCGUCCGAGGGCCGUUUCACCUCGGCAGGUACGGGGUGAUCAUCGGCUGGGCCGCCGUGCUGUGGGUGGCCUUCAUCACCGUGCUAUUCUCGCUGCCGGUGGCAUAUCCGGUGGGAAAGGACGUCUUCAACUACACGCCGGUUGCCGUCGGCGGGGUGCUGUUGCUCAGCGUUGGCUCCUGGGUGUUCCAUGCUCGGUUUUGGUUCAAGGGACCCAUCAUGAACGUUGAUACAUACUAGAAAUAUGAGCCUUGUAAGCUUAAUUAGUUUAAUGGCUAGUUGAUGUUUACGUGUUGUUGAUGUUUACCAUGUGAAACAUAAACAUGUGAAUCAUCUUCCUUCUUUGAAGCAAAAUUCAACGUA